AUGCCUGCAGCUUUAGCUGAAGGCGAAGUCCUCGUAACCCUCUCCUGCCUGGCUCCCUCGACCUUGCUAUUCCCACAACGCCGGCUCCUUUUAUCGAACCAAAAAAGCUCGAUCCCCAUCGGACGGGCAUCAAAACGCAGCUCGACCCUAGAAUCGCGAAUGUACAACGCCUGGGUCGACGCCCCCGUCAUGUCACGGCGGCACGCGGAGCUAAGAUUCGACUCCCAAGGCCAGAAGGUUCUGAUUCAAGAUGUUGGCUCCCUGCAUGGGACAUAUCACAACGACACGAAGCUACAGCAGGGUCAGGCAAAAGCUUUAUACCACGGAGACUUGUUGAAGUUCGGUAUUGCCAUCGAUCGCGGCAACGAAAGCUUUCCGCAAUGCACUAUGAAGGUCGGAAUCGAGUUUGGUCGAACUGGUGAUCAAGCUGCAAUCGAGGCUAGUUUACCUCAACCUAUUGUCUUCUCAGUUCCCGACGAGACAGAUUCAGAGAUGGAUGAUAUGGACGAGAUGCACGAGAUGCAAUUUGCGCACGAUAUGGAAGAUGUGGAAGAUUCAGACAUUGAUAGCCAAGCUGCAUUUAGCACUCCUGAUGACAACGACGACGAUCCGGCACUCAGAGCAAGCGCCAUGGCUCUUGCAGAGAAUGGCCUAGAACUCGAGUUCCGUGGUUUCGAUACAUCGGAUCCUAUUGAUCUCACCUCAGAGCCAGAUCUCGUUUCUGAGGACAACAUCCCCAGCUCCAGUCCCAUUUCCAACGACUCUGACUUGCCUGCCCACAACGAAGACUACACGCUUGGGACAGUUGAACUGGAUGACGUGGAGCUAGGAGAUUUGAGUGAGGUCUCAGGCGCAUUGCCUAGCGAAGGCUUCGCUCCCGCGGCACAGCUCAAAGAAGAUGUCACUGUGGAUAUUGUCGAUGAGAAUAUUCCAGGAAUGAAUGGACCGCUCUCUGAGGAUCAGCAUCUUUCUGCCAUCUCAGAGAUAACACCGUCGAUGAGAGCCAAAUCGCUUGGUGAGCUGUCUGGGAAGCCCGAAUAUUUCAUCGCGCGGGAGCAGAACAAACUCAACCUCCAGACCUUAUUUACUUCACGUGAUGAACAGCCCGAGCUGGUUUGUGGAUUUCCGAAGGAGCUGCCCGCACCCGUUUCCAGUCACAGCGAAGAACCGACGCUGGCGAUCCCCAAAGAGAGCGAGAUCGGCUCGAAGAAGCGAAAGGCCGACCAGAUCUCGGACUCGAGCCCUCUGGAACUUCAGGCUCAAGUUGAUGAUGGCGUGCUCGAUGUGUCUUCUCGAGCAUCUCUUCCACAGGACGUACCAUCUAACGCCGCUGUAACUUUGGCUUACAAACGAGUCAAAACUGCUGCAGAAUAUGUCGGAAUUAUGGCUAUUGGUGGCGCCGCAGUGAUGACUGCGCUUAUUGCGACAGCACCAACCUUUUGA